CAUCCGGAAUACAGGGGUAAUGUAAAGACUGCUUUCCAAAGGGCUCCAAGAUGCAGCGACAAGGCUUUAAAUCUGCCUCCAUAGGUUAAAAACCAGGAGAGUCAGUGUUUUUCAUCUUCUAAUCCUUGGCAGAGAGGAAUGCGGCCCGCAAAGCCCGGUGCGGAAGGCCGGGCCCGGCCGCCUCAGCGCGGCCCUUAGUGACGGCGCGCCGGGUUCCCUUCCGGCCCAGACCCGUUGACGAGGGCGGCCAUCGCCCCGGCGGGAGCGCAGCCCCGGGCCUCUGCGGCUCCCAGGGGGCACAAAGCCCGGCGAAGCGCUGAGCGGCCCGGCUCGAUGGGAGGCGAGCCCUUCGGCACGCUGCCGGCCCUGCGGGAGGCCCGCGGCCCGUGGCAGCCCCAGGCGCUGUGCGUGCCCCAGGCGCUGUGCGUGCCCCAGGCGGUGCGGGGAAGGCGGCGGCAAGGGGCAGCGGCUCCUCCCGCCCGCAGGGUGGCGCCCAAGCGCGGCGGCCGCUCCCCGGCAGGAGGCGAGUGCGGCCCCAAGCGGAAGCGUCUCUCGCCCGUGAUGGCGGCGGCGGCGGCGGCGGCGCUGGGCGGGUUGGAGGCCCCCGCGCCCGAGGGCGAGGGCUCCUCGGGCUCGGAGGACGAGGCGAGGCCCACAACAGCGGCGGCGGCGGCAGCGGCGGCGGCGGCAGAGCAGAAGCGGGAGGAGCGGCUGCGCAAGUUCCGCGAGCUCCACAUGAUGCGGAACGAGGCCCGCAAGCGGAAUCACCAGGAAGUGGUGGAAGAAGAUAAAAGACUGAAAUUGCCAGCAAACUGGGAAGCCAAAAGAGCCCGGCUGGAGUGGGAGCUGAAGGUGGAGGAGAAGAAGAAGGAAUGUGCAGCGAGAGGAGAAGACUAUGAGCGAGUGAAACUGCUCGAGAUCAGCGCUGAGGAUGCCGAGAGGUGGGAAAGGAAGAAGAAAAGGAAGAAUCCAGAUCUAGGAUUUUCAGAUUACGCAGCUGCUCAGCUGCGCCAGUACCAGAGGUUAACCCGGCAGAUCAAACCUGACCUGGAGCAGUACGAGAAGCUCAAAGAGCAGUAUGGUGAAGCACUUUAUCCCACGUCUGACAGUCUCCUCCACGGAACUCAUGUGCCGUCUAAGGAAGGCAUCGAUAGAAUGGUGGCAGAUCUUGAAAAACAAAUCGAAAAGCGUGAAAAAUACAGUCGACGACGUCCCUACAAUGACGAUGCAGACAUCGACUACAUUAACGAGAGGAACGCCAAGUUCAACAAGAAGGCAGAGAGGUUCUAUGGGAAGUACACGGCCGAGAUUAAACAGAACUUGGAGAGAGGAACAGCCGUGUGAACCCAUGCCUCAGGCAGAGCACAUACAACUUAACAUUGCUUGGGGGAUGCAGUAUCAAAAAACCCACUUUGUAGUCCUUAUUAAGCCAUUUUUAAAACUAGUAAGUAUAUUUAAUGUAACACAAGUAGUUUGCAUAACAACUUCAGCUGUAUACAGCUUUUACUUGCUCUGACCACCUUUUCAUCUGCAAUUUCAUGUUCUCAAUAAAGUUCUCUGUUUAGAAUAAA